UGUCUCCGCUGCGGUGCUUGAGAUAACUGAAAAUUGAAAUAAAAAGCUAUUCAUACCGAAACCAGCUAAGUAUUCGUACUCGCGAUGGUUUCGCAGCAAAUGGUAUACGCGGCAGCGGUGCCCGUGGGUGUGGUUUUGGCUAUUGGACUGAUACGUAAAUGGAGGUCCAGUAAAUGGGGAAAAUGCUUAAGUAACACUUGUUUGAGGGGUAAAACGUUUCUAAUUACGGGUGCGAACAGCGGGAUAGGGUUGGAGACGGCCAAGGCGCUGGUGAGGCGGAAGGCUAGGGUGAUCUUCGCAUGCAGGGACAUCGCGAAGGCCAAGGAAGCGAUCACGCAAAUAAGGAAGGCGCAGCCGACCGGCGGCGAACUGAUCCCCAUGCAGUUGGAUCUAGCGUCCUUUGAAUCCAUUGAGAACUUCGUAGAAGUAGUGAAAGCCGGCUUCUACAAGAUUGACGUGCUGAUCAACAAUGCAGGUGUUGCGACUCCAUUGAACCUCGGUCUGAAGACAAAGGAGGGAUUCGAGAUAAACAUCGGUGUUAACCAUGUUGGCCACUUCCAUCUUACUAAUCUGCUGUUGGAUCAUUUGAAACGGGCGGCUCCAAGCAGAAUUGUGAUCGUGUCUUCCACUCUUCACGAGAAAGGAAAUAUCAACUUUAAUGACUUGAACUUAAAGCAGGAAUCUGAAUUGGCUGUCCAGGGUAAACUGAAAGGUCGAAACAACCCUGGCUACUGCAACUCCAAGCUCAUGAAUGCGUACUUCGGUCGCGCCUUGGCCGACAAGCUUAAGGAUUCAGGAGUUGACGUGCACACCGUGUGCCCGGGUUUCUGCUAUACUAAUUUGUUCAGAGAUUCACUGAGAUGGUAUCACUUCAUUCUGAUGGCGCCGAUCGCUUUGCUGUUCAUGAGGUCAUCUCAGCAGGGUUCAGAGACGGUCGUAUUCUGCGCAUCCGACUACAGUAUAGAGGGCAAAACCGGCAAGUUCUACCGCGACUGCGUCGAAUAUACAUCCAAAUAUCCCUUCGACAAAGAGGUCGAGACCAAACUGUGGCAGGCCACCGAGGACAUGGUCAAGGCCAGGAGGCCCUUGUGAGACCAAACACCCUCGCGGCCAUACACCCAACCAAUCACGGAGUCGCAAACACCCACAACUCAAACCGCCCAACGUCCGCAAGAUUUAAACAUUCGACCGCCGCCUCCCGUCAAACUUAAGCGUCAAGAGAAGCCUAAAGAGACCCGGAAGCCUGAGAGGCCUAAGCCGUGGCAGGAGAAGAAGACCGAGUCGCGGCAGCGACAGGAACGGAAGACUCAAGCCGGCCCGAAACGGCAGGCGCCGGGGCAAUCCACUUCGAAGAAAAACUAACCCGGAUUCGAACCCAGGACCAUCGGCUUCCGCCCUAGGCCCGGGCCUAAUGGGCCUUAGAGCAAAUCCGCCACUGUUUUGACUAUAGUUAAGCCAUUUACGUCAGAAAAAAAGCGGCAAAUUUAAAAAUAGGCGCGAAGGGUAAUCCUUCUAUACGAAAUUUGAAUAUCGCGCCUUUUGCUACUGACAGAAUUUGACCCACUUCCCGAUUUCCAAUGAAGCUGAAAAUCUGCAUACAUAUGUAAGUCGGGUGACAAUGCAAUAUUAUGGUACCAUCGAGCUGAUCUGAUGAUGGAGACAAAAGGUGGCCAUAGGAACACUGUGAUAAAACACCGAAAACUUAUUGUGUUUGGGGUUUUUGGAAUUGUCUCGAUGAGUAUUAGUUGCCUGUGGAAAGAAAUGUACAGUCAGCGAUAAAAGCUUGUACCAAAAAUGAAAUUUUUGCCAAAACAAUUUUUAUUAAUGUUACCUAUAAGAUUCCGUGUUGGUGUUAUGGUGUAAACCCCUAGUGAAUCCUUUUAACCUAAGACCCAGCGUACAAAUUUUUGUACAUAUUCCAAAAUCUAUUGUGAACUUUUGUUGAGUAACUAAGGGUUCCAAAUUCAAAAACAAAACAAAUGCUUCUGGGUCUCAGGGGGCUAAUUUAGGCAUCAAUGUCUUCAUCUAGCACAAUAACUAUUGCAUGGAGGUCUUCCGGUUCGAGCGCCAUCUUGAUAGUUACCAUCGUGAUUAAUUACUUUGUUUUUUGCUCAUUAAUAUUGUUUAAAGUGUAAUAUCGAUAGCUUAUUAUACAGUAAACUAAUGUGGUAGUGUGCAGUAAAUGGAGAAUUAAUUUUGAAGCGCGUUUAACCAUCUUGGAGUCAACGGCCGGUAGUCCACGUGCUUCUUGUAAAGUCUAGCUAUCGAUUUACAAAAGCUAACAAAUCACCGUACACUGUCUUGUACAACCGUACAAUUUUUGUCGUUUUUAAACCUCUUAAUACCUUGAUACUGGCGAAAUAGUCCCACUGGGCUGAAGCCAUAAUUUUAAAAGAAGAAGAAGAACUAUUGCAUGUAUAUAUCCCUAUUGAUUGAUGUUGGGUAGCUUAUAAUAUUUAACACGAAAAAUAGUUCGAAUAUCUGCAGAAAUCGGUAGGAAUAAAAUUAAACGAUUCAAUAUUAUUAUCGAUCAGGGCCUAUUAUAUUAUUCCACCCUGUAUAUCAUCAGCUAGCGCAUUCAGAUGUUUUAAAGAGGUACAUAUAAUGAAUAGAAUUAGUGUUGUGUAAAAAAUCAUAUGUAUGUAUGGAAAAAAUAUUUUUAAAAGUGCAUAUAAUUUUACCGGCUUUGCAAUAAGCGGAGAGAGGUAGAAUAAAAGUUACAUUCGCGCCAACUUAAUGCAUGAAUAUAAUUUCGACUUCGAAUUCACGUAUAUGUGAAAAAUGAAAUAGUAUGUGUCAUAUUUGAUACAAGGGCUCAUUUCUUAUUGUACAGUCGCCAUCUGAUAUAUCGGAGCGGCCGAGGCGCUCAGAAAUAUCUGUACACGCCUCUAUUGUCAGGGCGUUAGAGUGCGUGUUCAGAUAUUUUUGAGCACCUCGUCCGCUCCGAUAUAUCUGACGGCGACUGUACGACUUGGAUAACAUUUCACAACGAAUAUUGUGCUAGAGGACUUUUAGCUUAAUUAUUUAAUCAUGCUUUGAUUUUAAAAGAAACAUGCGUGUUGGGUGCACAAAUAUCUUAAAAAACCGGCCAAGUGCGAGUCGGACUCGCGCACGAAGAGUUCCGUACCAUUACGGAAAAAAAACGGCAAAAAAAAUCACGUUUGUUGUAUGGGAGCCCCAUUUAAAUAUUUAUAUUAUUCUGUUUUUAGUAUUUGUUGUUAUAGCGGCAACAUAAAUACAUCAUCUGUGAAAAUUUCAAUCUAAAUCUAUCACGGUUCAUGAGAUACAGCCUGGUGACAGACAGACGGACAGCGGAGUCUUAGUAAUAGGGUCCCGUUUUUACCCUUUGGGUACGGAAACCUGAAACAUGAAAUUAAUGUAAAAAGAAACAAAAUUAACCUCGUAAGUUCCCGCGUCCUUGUACAAAUACAAAUUUCGUCGACUUUUAACUCUUAUUUGAAAUAAAAGAAAGUUUAUCAAAAACCAAAAAUUGCUCCGGGUCUUACGAAGUUAAGCCAUAAUUUGUAAUAAAUAGUAAUAAUUAUAUCUUUAUUUCUUUACAUUUAGUGCCAUUAUUCAUAUUCCAUUAGCUUAGUUAGUGGGAACAUAAUAACAUGAUCUGAGCAUAAUAUAAUGCCAUAAUUAUACAAAUGUGUCAUAUCUGGGGCCCGUUUCUCAAAAGCUUGUAACUUGUAAUACAAGUGGAUGUCUCUUUAUAACAAAAGCUGUCAAAAAGUGACAUCCGCUUGUAUUACAAGUUACAAGCUUUUGAGAAACGAGCUCCUGCUGUAACUUUAAUAAUAAUGUUGAUGGU